AUGUCCGCCCAGGAGUCGCUCCCCAUCAGUCCGAUCCGCACCCUCGACAAGAACGGCAAUGUCAUAACCAGCGUCGGUUUCCAGCGGUUCGGCUUCGACUGCGAAGUCCCCCUGGACGUGCUCCGCUCCCUUUACCUCCGCCCACACUACGUCGUUACCGCCCACGCUGAGAAAGACGAAGUCGAGGAAACGGAGAUCGAGCAUGCGAAGUUCACCGGAGCAUACGCUGCCUACCAGUCCAAGUCCAUCUUCCACCCCGAUACCCAGUCCAUCUCCUACACCACCCUCUCCCGCUUCCCGCCCGUCAAACUUCUCCCCCCUUCCCAGCGAAAGCGUAUCCUCGUCACGGGCGGUGCUGGCUUCGUCGGCUCUCACUUGGUUGACCGCCUCAUGAUCCUCGGUCAUGAAGUCACUGUCCUUGACAAUUUCUUCACGGGUUCCAAAACGACCGUAAGCCACUGGGUCGGCCAUCCCAACUUCGAGAUGGUUCGUCACGACGUUGUCGAGCCGUUCAUGAUUGAGUGUGACCAGAUCUACCAUCUUGCGUGCCCAGCCUCCCCACCCCACUACCAGUUCAACGCUGUCAAGACGAUCAAGACGUCGUUCAUGGGCACGCUGAACAUGCUUGGUCUUGCAAAGCGUACCAAGGCGCGCUUCCUGAUCUCCUCAACAUCUGAGGUGUAUGGUGACCCCGAGGUACACCCGCAACACGAGGACUAUUGGGGACAUGUCAACCCCAUUGGUCCCCGUGCGUGCUAUGACGAAGGUAAGCGUGUCGCCGAAACUUUGGCGUACGGUUUCCACCGUCAAGACGGCGUCGACAUUCGUGUGGCCCGUAUCUUCAACACCUACGGCCCCCGCAUGAACCCCUUCGACGGUCGCGUCGUCUCCAACUUCAUCGUCCAGGCCCUCCGCGGCGAGGACAUGACCGUCUACGGCGACGGCAAGCAGACGCGCUCCUUCCAGUACAUCCACGACCUCGUCGACGGCCUCAUCGCGCUCAUGAACUCGGAUGAGACCCGGCCCGUGAACCUCGGCAACGGCGACGAGUUCACCAUCGGCGACUUCGCCGAGCUCGUCCGCGAGAUCGUCGAGAAGGUCCAGCGCGAGGACGGCGUUGAGCCCGUGUGCCGCGUGAACAUCGUCUACAAGCCUAUGCCCGCAGACGACCCGCAGAAGCGCCGGCCGGACACGACGCGCGCGAAGCAGGUCCUGGACUGGCAGCCGCGCUGGACGGUCCGCAUGGGCCUAGAGGAGAUGGUGCGGUACUACAAGGCGAAGAUGAUCGAGGGUAGCCUGUGA